CUGCACUCGACGAUCGGUCGGCGGUUGAAGCCGAGCUGAGAUCAGCCAAGAACGAUCCCGAAUUCAACCACCAGCCCCCCUCACAAGAUAAGAGAACACGAAACCUAGCCGAACAGAACAGAACAAACCAAAGAAACAAAAACGAACAUGUAUCGGUUUCCAGCCAGACCUGCCUUAGCGAAAUCUCUCAACCGGGUAAUUCUGGGAUCUAAAGUCCAAACACGACAGCUAUCUAUCCAUGAAUACAUGUCGAUGGGUUUGUUGAACGAGUAUGGGAUUCCGACCCCGAUUAGCAAAGCGGCCAAGACACCACAAGAGGCACACAAGAUCGCCGAGAGCUUUGGUAAGCCUAUGGUAAUCAAGGCUCAAGUCCUAGCUGGUGGUCGAGGAAAGGGUCACUUUGAAGGCAAAGACGGUCUUAAAGGAGGGGUGCAGAUGGUCGAUACUCCGGAACAGGCAUUGCAAUAUGCUAAACAGAUGAUCGGACAUAAACUCAUCACCAAGCAAACCGGAGCCGCUGGUCGAAUCUGUAACGCCGUGAUGCUCGCUGAGAAACGCGAACCAUCGCACGAGUACUACGUUGCCAUCCUCAAUGAUCGAUCACUUAACGGCCCGGCACUUGUAGCUUCGGCUCAAGGAGGAAUGAACAUCGAAGAAGUCGCUGCCAAAGACCCCUCUGCGAUCCACACGUUUCCCAUCGACUUUCAGAAAGGUCUAUCCAAGCAAGAGGGUGUCGAGAUUGCCAAGACGCUGGGUAUCAAAGACCACUCGGCCGCUGCGGACAUCUUCAUCAACCUUUAUCGACUAUUCAAGGACAAGGAUGCAACCCAGAUCGAAAUCAACCCCCUAGCCGAGACCAAGGAUGGCGCUGUUUUGUGCAUGGACGCAAAGUUAGGCUUUGACGAGAAUGCUGAAUUCCGACAAGAGAAGGUGUUUCAACUAAGAGAUCGAAGCCAGGAAGAUCCAACUGAAGUUGAAGCUGCCGAGUAUGGAUUGAAUCUCAUCAAACUUGAUGGUAACAUCGGAUGUCUUGUCAAUGGCGCUGGGCUGGCUAUGGCGACUAUGGAUGUGCUGAAGUUGAACGGAGGUAACCCUGCCAAUUUCCUCGACGUCGGGGGAGGCGCUACCGCUGAAGCAGUCAAAAAAGCAUUCGAACUCAUCACUAGCGAUAAGGGCGUAAAAUCAAUCUUCGUGAACAUUUUCGGAGGAAUUAUGAGAUGUGAUGUCAUUGCAGAGGGUAUCAUCAAAGCUACCAACGAACUGUCACUCGACAUUCCAUUGAUUGUCCGUUUGCAGGGGACUAAGGAGAAAGAAGCAAAAAAGUUGAUCAAGGAAUCCAAGAUGAAAAUCUUUGCAUUUGACGGACUUGACGAGGCGGCUUCCAAGGCUGUUGAAGCGGCCGCUUGAUCAAUCUCCCAACUGGAUAGCCUAGAGUAAACGUGCACCAACACACAUGUUAUAGAGCCUUUUUUGUUUCUUUGCGACGUGUUCUUAUCAGAUCUUCUUUUUUUUUGUUUUUUUGAAGGGGAACAAAAGUCGAGACGAAAUGAAACGAGUCUCCCUUUUUAAGUGCAGAAGGAUAGCGCACUGAUUCAAUCUUUUUUUUUUUGCGGGAUGUAUACUUCUUUUUCGAUUUAUCUGCCUUUGGAUUCCUUUGAUUGUAAUACAAGCUACAUCGGUGAUUUUUGGAGAGUGAUAAUUUGGAACACGAGUUCACCAGCUAGAGUUUUUUUAUAUCAAUCCCAUCGCUUUUGGCCAACCUUUUGCUUCAUUCUGUAUAGAUACUAAUACAUGCAUGAUAACUGGUGUUUUCUUUCCAGCUCAUGAGCAGAUUUACACACAUAGUCAAGAUGUAUUGCUCUGAUCAGCUUCACCCAAUGUGUCUGAAAGAGCCCACAGCACGCUUAAGUCAAAAUUAUUUACUUUGUGUUAACUCAGCACAGUGUCUCCUGAUGCAGAAUUUGAUGUUGCAAAGCAAGCCUCCAGCAAGA